AUGACUAAUCAAAGAGAUAUUUUUUACAGAUUUAAAGAAGAAAAUAAUAUCAGUAAUAAUGAACUUGAAAUUGGAAUAAGUUCAAAUACUGCUUCUAAUAUUACAAAUAAUAGUAAUAUUAAUGAUUACAUUGAUUUUAGAGAUUUAAAAGAAA